CCGUGGGGCUCUUCUGGCUUCGUGACGCGCAUGGCGGGUUCUUCCCCGCUUUUUUCUCCGUCGUAGUCUCCAACACGCUCGAUAUACAAUCCAUACUAAUGCCACGCAUGCACAUACCCUUUAUUCACAUGACCUCACCCAACUACACGCAGAACCGAUGGCGGCCCAGGGGGAUCAAGUGAGCUCAACAGCGCAGGGGGAAGGCGAGCAAUGGAAGUACAGGGCUCCCUACCAGGUCCACGAUAACGGCGACGGGUUCGAGGCCAGGUGGAAGGGGCAGUGCCAUUGUGGGAGGAUCCAGUAUCAACUGAGCAGAGACAGGCCGCUGGCGAGCAAGUACUGCCAUUGCAGGACCUGCCAGCGGCUCCACGGGGCCCCUUUCCAAUGGGCUGCCAUCUUCCACAAGGAGGACAUAAACUUCACCAACGGGCAUGACGAUCUGGGGUGGUACGACUCGAGUUCGAUGUCAAGGACACACCACCUGCCCUGCAAGGUACAGUGUUCCUACUGCCGGACCCCGAUCAUGGACGAAGGGCGGAACAUGAUUCUGCUGUUCCCCACGCUGAUCGAAGGCAUCGACACCGAGGAGGGCAGGGAGGCGUUCAAGGCGCAAUGCCACAUCUUCUAUUCCCAGCGCGUGGUUGACUUGAAAGGCGAUGGCUUGAAGAAAUUCAGGGGCUUGGAUGGCCAGAGCGCGUUAGUGGACGAUAACGGGGAGGAGAUAAAGGAAGUCGAUGAUGUAGAUGGUGGUGAGAAGUUGUAGUUCGGCGAGGUCGACGCCCCGUGGAAAGGAUCAGAUCAGUUGGGGAAGAAAUAAGAAAAACCCCGAGUCAAUCGGAAAGCAAAUAUCAUGCAUGUUAAAUGGCCUACAUAUGAACUGGAUAUCAGGCGAGGAAGAGCGAUCCUCGCCUCGUCGAGAUGGAAUGACUGGUUAAUUAUCGAUCAGUAGCUCAGAACCAAUCGAAGAGCCCUUGUUGGCAACGUGAGGGCGAACGCCGAGCCCGUGGAA